AUGGUGAAAGAAAAUGGGAAAGUUGUGGUUUUGGACUUUUGGGCAAGUCCGUAUUGCAUGAGGACGAAGAUUGCGUUGAGAGAGAAAGGAGUUGAGUUCGAGACUCGAGAGGAAGAUCUGUGGAACAAGAGUGAGCUGUUGCUGAAAUUAAACCCUGUUCACAAGAAAGUACCUGUUCUUAUCCACGAGGACAAACCAAUAUCUGAAUCUCUCAUUCAGGUUCAGUACAUUGAUGAGACGUGGACCGAUGCUUCCUCUUUCUUGCCCACUGAUCCUUACCAAAGAGCUCAAGCAAAGUUUUGGGCUGAUUUCGCUGAUAAAACGAUAUCGUUUGAAAGUGGAAAAAGGAUAUGGGGAAACAAGAAAGGAGAAGAACAAGAGAAAGGCAAGAAAGAGUAUCUCGAGAGCUUGAAGGUUCUUGAAGCUGAGCUUGGAGACAAGAUUUACUUCGGAGGAGAUACAUUUGGUUAUGUAGACGUAGCUCUUGUCCCAUUCUACAGUUGGUUCUACGCACUGGAGAAAUGUGGUGACUUCUCUGUCGAAGCUGAGUGUCCAAAGAUCGUGGCUUGGGGAAAGAGAUGUGUUGCUGGACGUGACAGCGUUGCUGCUACAUUGCCUGAAUCUGAGAAAGUUUAUCAACAAGUCCUUAAACUCAGACAGAUUUUUGGUGUUGAAUGA